AUGGCCAUAUUCCCCGCUCCAUCCUUGUUGAUAAUUAUUCUCCUGGCUUUGUCCAUCACGGCAACGCCUUUUGAAGUUCGCGACUCUCUCAUCACCCUCCCCAUUGCCAGGCGGUUGAAUGUCUCCGAUGGUCCUAUUAGCCUCUUGCAGCACGAUAAAGUUCGCGUGGCUGCCAUUAAGGACUGCCGCCAUCUUGGUAGCCCUCCUGUGACAAAUGUUGCUGUGAACUAUAUCGCAAAAGUUGGUGUUGGCAGCCCCGCCACAAUAUACAAUUUGAUUGUCGACACCGGUAGCUCAAACACGUGGGUUGGUGCCGGCACUGCAUAUGUGAAGACCAGCACCAGCAUCAACACUGGUCAGCCUGUGGAGAUCGACUACGGUUUUGGUAUCUUCUCUGGCACUGAGUACACCGACACCGUCACUCUCGGUAGUGGGCUCACCAUCGCCAAGCAGUCGAUUGGUGUUGCUUCUAAUUCGGAGGGCUUCACCGCCGGUGUUGACGGUGUCCUUGGCAUCGGGCCUGUAGACUUGACGGUGGGAUCCCUGAUAGAUGGACCGAACACGGCAAUCCCGACUGUCGUUGACAAUCUGUACAGCCAAGGCACCAUUUCUCAGGAGGUCGUUAGUGUCCUUUUCGAGCCCACCACUUCAAAGACAAACACCAAUGGAGAGCUCACCUUUGGUGGAACUGACUUCUUCAAGUACACCGGCGACAUUGGAUACACUCCUAUCACUACCACCAACCCUGAAUCGACCUAUUGGGGUAUCAACGAGAGCAUCACUUACGGCUCCACGAUGAUCUUGUCCAAUACUGCUGGUAUCGUCGAUACUAGCACCACCUAUAUUUUCGUUGCCACCGAUGCCUACACCAAGUACAAGGCUGAAACCGGCGCUACUGUGGAUUUACUAACUGGUCUUCUCCUCGUUUUCUUCCGCCCAAAUACCUACACUCUCACCCCUAACGCCCAAAUCUGGCCUCGUUCUCUCAACACCUAUAUUGGUGGUAGUAGCAACGCCAUAUAUCUCAUCGUUACUGACAUUGGCACGGCCAGCGGCUCAGUGUCUGAUUUCGUUAACGGCUACACAUUCCUCGAGCGCUUCUACUCUGUGUACGAUACCACCAACUCCCGCGUCGGUUUUGCCAAAACCUCGUACACUGAUGCCACCACUAACUAACAUGGAAUUACCAUAAGAUACGAUAGUGUACAUUUCACAAUCUUCCACCGGCAUCACAAUGGCAGACGAUUAUAUGCAGUAUUCAUGCUUGAAGUUGCUGGCAGAGGUUGUGUCCAUUGAUUUCACGAGCUUGGAUGACGAGGAUAGUUCAAUAUGAUCUCGUAGCACCAAAUAGUGAAAUUUCUGGCACAUUACAACACAGCACAAGAUCAUAAAACAUAUUUAGGACGAGCAGGAUUGUACAAUUGACUAUCCCAUAAUAAUGCAUACACCC